UAGCCCACCCACUAACGCACCGUCGUGGAUAGGUUACAUUGGAUUUGUCAUCGAUACUUUGGCCAGGCGUGUGAAUUGUUGAAGCGUUUCGCGAUGGAGCUGCAGCUGCAACGGAAACAGGGCACAGCAGUAGUACCCACCAGCACACAGCGGGACGGUGCAUCGGGAUCGGGCAGUGGGAGUGGCGCCUCCGGUGGUGCAAUCAGCAAGAACGACAGCUACGAUAGCUCGCACAGCAGCAGCAACACGGAGGACACCACCGAAACAGAUGAUCGUCGCAGAAAGAUGAUGAAAAACCGUGCCAGAAACAAUAGACUAAUGCAGCAGCAACAGCAACAGCAGCAGAACACGACGGACAGUGCGAAGGUUGCCGCAGGCAAGAAGCUGUCCGAGAACGAACGCAUCACACUGAUCGUAGACAACACAACGUUUUCGGUGAACGUGUCCAUGCUAACGGCUCAGCCCGAAACCAUGCUUGGACGGAUGUUUAGCACAGGGUUUGAAUUUACCCAUCCGAACGAGCGGGGUGAGUACGAGGUGGCCGAAGGUAUCUCGCGCACCGUCUUCCGGGCCAUCCUCGAGUACUAUCUGUCCGGUGUGGUACGAUGCCCGCCUACAGUUUCGGUGCAAGAACUGCGGGAAGCAUGCGACUAUCUGCUCAUCCCGUUUAAUGCCAACACAAUUCGCUGCCAGAAUUUGCGCGGUCUAUUGCACGAACUGUCCAACGAGGGUGCAAGCAUUCAGUUCGAAGCGUUCCUGGAACAGCUUAUCCUGCCGCUAAUGGUCGACGCUGCACGGCAAGGCCACCGUGAAUGUCACAUUGUAGUCCUUUCGGAGGAUGACAUUAUCGAUUGGGAUGCCGAGUAUCCGCCGCAGAUGGGCGAGGAAGACUGCCAAACGGUCGCCAACACGGCCAUGUACCGGUUCUUUAAGUACAUCGAAAAUCGGGACGUCGCAAAACAGGUGCUGAAAGAUCGGGGGCUCAAGAAGAUCCGGCUCGGGAUCGAGGGUUACCCGACGUACAAGGAAAAGAUCAAGCGUCGCCCGAGCGGUCGCAUGGAAGUGAUCUACAACUACUUGCAGCGGCCCUUUAUUCACAUGUCGUGGGAGAAGGAAGAGGCCAAGAGCCGACACGUAGACUUCCAGUGCGUUAAGUCCAAAUCGGUCACCAAUUUGGCGGAAGCGACGGCCGAUCCAGCGCUGGAGCUUGAUUCGGCCGGGAAUCCGCUUCCUCAGCGGCACUUUGAAAUAUCACACGAACCAGAUGCGGAACCCUUUAUGCGACCGGAUGCACUGCUCGACGGUGAGGAAGGUGCUAUCGGUGGGCUACCGAACGGGGACGAUAUCGGUCUACUCGGUCCAGAGGAACCACAGUAG